AUGGCAGCGGCCCCGAGCCAGCGCAGCCAGGCCACCUCUCGCCAGCGCCCGAGCCAAUGCACGCAGCAGCAGCAGCAGCAGCAGCCGGGCAGCCUUUAUCAGUUACUAGACCCGGCCUCUUUUCCCAGCCACCCACCCGGAGCAAACGCAGCAGCUGGAACUGCAACUGCUCCCCAUCCACCUGCACCGCAGCAAUUCCUCACGGCCACAUCGUGCCGCUCCCUCGCUGGGCGCCGGCGGGAGGAGCUGCCCUGCCCCAUCUCCCCGCUCUGCCGGGCACUGCGGCACCGGGCACUGUCCCGGAGCUGUCCCUGUCACACACGCACGCACGGCACCGAGCCCAAAGCGGGGCAGCUGGGGACACCCGAACGGGAGCGGCCUUGGUGCCGGGGUGGCUGCUGCCCCGGCCCCAGGGGACAGGAGCUCUCCGAGCGCUCCGAGACCUGCGGGGGCCCUCGCUCGGCUCCGAGCCUCUUUCCUGCCGCUUCUCAUCGGGCUGCGCUAUCGCCGCCUCAGCAGCCCCUGCUGCUGCCACGAGCUCAGGCGCUGCUCCGCCCUUCCCACCUGGAGCAGCUCCCGAGCAGAGCCCGAAGCGCUCCUGCCCUGUUUGCCUCGCUCCCACAGGCUGGGCAGCUGCCGGCUCUCGGGCGCCUGCUGCAGGGGCCCCGUCUCACCUGCCUGCACCUCAGGGACAACGAGCUGGGAGCCCAGGGCGUCCUGCAGCUCUGCCGGCAGCUCCGCCAUCCCGCCUGCCCGCAGCGGAGCCUGGCCUCAGGGCCCUGCCACGGCCCCUUCCACGCCCGCCACUGCCGAGCCGGGGAGAGGAUGCUGCGGGACAGGCUGAGCACGGAACUGGACGCCCUGCGGGCACUGCAGCCCGUCCUGAAGAUCGGGAACCUCCUGGAGCAUGACGUGCCGCAGGCAGGGGCCAUGGCCUGGCUGCCCAGCCACCGCGGGCUCCUGCCGGAGGGCAGGAAGGCGCUGCCCUCCUUCUGA